AUGGCAGCGACGUCCAGCUUUGCAGGUUCCCUCCUUCACCUCCGCUGCAAUGGCAGCGUCAGGUGCCCGCGCGCCGGCGGCUCCUGGAGCACCGGCGGCGGCAGGUCUCUCAAGAUCCGCAGCUCUCCCCUUCUUCUUUUCCCUCUCUUCCCCGAACGGGGACGCCGGCGGCCCGCCACCGCCAUCCCCGCUGCGGACACCUACUACGACGACGACGGCGAGAACUCCGACGGCGGCGAUGGGGAAACAGAGCGGCGAAGGGCAGCGCCGGCCUCGACGGGGGAGGCGGCGCGGCGGCUAUACGUGGGCAACCUCCCUUACUCGAUGACGCCCUCCAACCUCUCCGAUGUCUUCUCCGAGGCCGGCACCGUCACUUCCGUCGAGGUGUCGCCCCUCAUCAUCGUCUUCCUCGCGCCGCCGCCUCCUUCCCCUUCCUCUUCAUAACCUGCAACUCGCCGCCGGAGCAGGUGGUGUACGACCGCGUCACAGACCGGAGCAGGGGCUUCGCCUUCGUCACCCUCGCCAGCGCCGACGAGGCCUGGGCCGCCAUCCGCAUGUUCGACGGAUCCGUGAGUCCUCCUUUUCCUCUUCUUCCUCCUCCUCCGGCGAUCGCCGGCGGCGGCGAUAUUUACACUGUUCUUCUCUGGGUUUGUGGCAGCAACUGGGGGGGAGGACGGUGAAGGUGAACUUCCCGGAGGUGCCGAGGGGCGGGGAGAGGGAGGUGAUGGGGCCCCGGCUCCGGGAAGCUCGCCGGGGAUUCGUCGACAGCCCCCACAAGCUCUACGCCGGCAACCUCAGCUGGGUCGUCUCCUCCGACGCGCUCAGGGCCGCCUUCGCCGGCUGCGCAGGUCUGCUCAGCGCGAAGGUCGUCUACGAGCGCGAUACCGCGCGUUCCAGGGGCUACGGCUUCGUCUCCUUCGCCUCCGCUGAGGACGCUCAGUCGGCCCUCUCCGCAAUGGACGGCGUGGUACGUACCAGCAACCUCUUCUUCUUCUUCCUCCUCCUCCUCCUCCUCCGUCGCUGUGCCGAUCGCUGCCUCUCAGUGGCGGUGGUUUUUAGAGCAGACGAGGUGUUCGACGGCUUGCCUCGCCGCUGUGCCGAUCGCUGCGGUGUGUUCUUAACUCCGUCUCCUCUGCCUUUGGGACCGUUGCGGCCCGGAUUCGCAGGAACUGGAAGGCCGGCCUCUGCGUCUGAAUGUCGCCAUGAACAACGGUAGCGCCAGAGCCGGCGGCGGCUCUUCUGGAGAGUUGGAGGCGGCGGGGACCCCCGACGGCGCCACCGUAGUUAGCCCCUGA